AUGAACAAAAAGAAAGAGGAGAAGAUAAUUAGUUUACCUGUGACAAUCUGUUUGACCUACUAUACCGUCUCUCAACCGCAAUUGCCUCCUCGCCUCACCACGCACGUUGCCGUCUCCGGUUUCUCCAUGCACGAAAGACUCGCGAAAGCAAUAGCUGCUAAAUGGAUCUCCGCUUCGCCGCGAAAACGAAACUGGAUUUCGGUUCACCGCUGUCUCGAAGCCUCUCUCCGAAAAACCACCGGCGCUCCGACAACGCGCGGCAACCGUCCACCAUUCUCCGACGACAAUAGAUCCUUUACCGACAUCACCUCACAUCCAUAA